CUCUGACGCUGGAAGUCACGUCACGUUACGUCGGAACUAACAGCCUAGCAACUUCUGCGGUGCUCCCAGAGCAGGAGGAAAUGGCCAGUCCGGGACUAUCGUCGUAUAUUAACCGAUAACAGGCGAUCCGGGACCUGAGGGGGAGAUCUGACGCGGGACGGCUGGUGGCGGUAACAUGCCGGAUGGCCGCAGCUCGACACUGAACAGAAGAAGAAGAAGCAACAGGAGGUUGAGCUGGGUGGACAUGGCGGACAGCAGCAGGUCCCCAGCUAUCAAGUAAACGUCAGGCAAAGCGAAACCGGAGACAGCAGGCGGCUGCUGGCGGACUUUAACUUAUUUUGAUGUUACAUGGAUAACCGGGACUCCCCAGGACUGUGAGCCCUCCGCUGAAGCCGCAUGGCGUCCACUCAAGCCCGUAUAGGCCAGCAGGCCUUAGCGGUGCUGGAUGUGGCUCUGCGAGUUCCCUGUAUCUUUAUUAUCGACGCCAUUUUUAACUCUUACUACGACCCUGGCUCGGGAUGGGCCGGUGCGAUGGGGAAGGUGCUGGUCAGAGUCAUGGGUGUCCUCAUCUCCAGCGUGGUGCUGCUGCUCUCCCAGAAAGCCUUGUUCAAGUUCUACACCCUCUUCUUUGCCGUUCUCCUCGGCAUGGCGGCGGUCCUCUUCAACUACUACGCCACCUCCCACAUAGACUUUUACAGCGCCUACUACAAAGCGGCACUCGGGUUCAGGUUGAUGCCCAGAAACGGGCCGACGCUGUGGCUGGGAAUGGCCGCAGUCCAGCUUGUUUUUGGCGUGGGCUACGUCUUCCUGCUCAACCUCCAGUCGGUGUUCGCUGCUCUGGUGGUCCUGGACAUCAUGAUCCCUCUGUGGGGGCUGAUGAUCGAGCUGCCGGCAGACGUCAGGCAGCUGGUGGCUGUGUUCUCGGGCCUGGCGCUGGCUCUCAACACGGCCGUGUGCCUGGCCAUGAGGCUCAAAUGGUUUUACUACUCAUGUCGGUACGUCUACUUGCUCAUACGGCACAUGUACAGGAUCUACGGGCUUCAGCUGCUGUUGGAGGACACGUGGAAGAGGAUCAGGUUCCCUGAUGUGCUGCGGGUCUUCUGGCUGACCCGGGUCACAGCUCAGGCCCUGAUCCUGGUCUAUGUGGUGCGGGCGGUGAGGAGGGAGAGCGGUGACGCCACAGGUGGUGCUGCAGACGGGAAUUCUGACUCACAGGGUUACCUGCUGAGCUGGGACGUGUUCUGGGACCUCACCAGUAACCUCAUCAUCUCCGGCUGUGACUCCACGCUCACUGUUCUGGGGAUGAGUGCCGUCAUCUCCUCUGUUGCACACUACCUCGGCCUCAGCAUCCUGGCCUUCAUAGGUUCGACAGAGGAGGAGGACAAGCGUUUAGGCUUCGUGGCUCCUGUUCUGUUCUUCAUCCUGGCUCUGCAGACCGGCCUCAGCAGCCUGGACCCCGAGGAACGCCUGGUCCGCCUGAGUCGGAACAUGUGCCUUCUGCUGACGGCCAUCCUGCACUUCAUCCACGGCAUGACAGACCCUGUCCUGAUGUCUCUAAGCGCCUCCCAUGUCUCCUCUGUUCGCCGCCAUUUGCCCGUCCUGCUGGUGUCCGUGGCGCUCUUCGUGCUCCCCGUGGUGCUCAGCUACGCCCUCUGGCAUCACUACGCCCUCAACACCUGGCUCUUUGCUGUCACAGCCUUCUGCGUGGAGCUCUGCCUCAAGGUGGUGGUGUCGCUGACCGUCUACGGCCUCUUCAUGGCAGACGGCUUCUCCAACGUCCUCUGGGAGAAGCUGGACGACUACGUCUACUACGUGCGCUCCACGGGCAACAUCAUCGAGUUCCUGUUCGGGGUCAUCAUGUUCGGAAACGGCGCCUACACCAUGAUGUUCGAGUCGGGCAGCAAGAUCCGCGCCUGCAUGAUGUGCCUGCACGCUUACUUCAACAUCUACCUGCAGGCCAAGAACGGCUGGAAGACCUUCAUCAACCGCCGCACGGCCGUCAAGAAGAUCAACUCCCUGCCGGAGAUGCGCGGGGACCAGCUGAGGGACAUCGAGGACGUGUGCGCCAUCUGUUACCAGGAGUUCGCCACCUCAGCCCGCAUCACGCCCUGCCACCACUACUUCCACGCGCUGUGCCUGAGGAAGUGGCUCUACAUCCAGGACACGUGCCCAAUGUGCCAUCAGAGAGUAUACGUGGAGGAGGAGAGCCGCGACAGAGCCGCCUUUUCUAACAACAACGGGGGCUACGCAGCGCCGCAGGACGCCGCUGCCGCAGCCCCGCCAGCUGCAGGGGAGGAGCAGCACGGACAGCCGGUCGAUGAGCUGCCAGCUGACGGAGCGGCGGCCGGCGUCCAGGCUGCAGGAGGAGCAGGGGAGCUCGACAACGAGCUGCUGGAGGACAACGACAGCAUAGAGUACGACGAGGACGAGUGGGGGACUCAAAACGGCAACUCGCCGAUAGAAGAAGACUAUAUUAAUGACGACACAGACUCCACAGAGGACUGACAAGAAGAGAUCUAUAGAAAAGAAUAUACAUUUAUCUUUAUUAUAUUUAAGUUAAAAAGAAUUAUAAAACAGCAUCUUAAUUUGUUCUUGAAAAAUGUCAGGGAUGUCAUUCAGUUCCUCCUGUUAGUUUCCUUUUGUUUGAAUUUGAGUUUGGGUUUUACUCUAAAGGGCUCGUGGAAAGAGUAACUGCUGCUCUCAUUCUGUGUGUGUGUGUGUGUGUGUGUGUGUGUGUGUGUGUGUGUGAGCUGACCGGGGCUGCAUGAUGUAGACCAAAAACUCAUACUGUUAAUUUUCUUCCUGACACAAAUCUUGCCAUGCCGUGAUUUAUUCCCAGAUGCCUCAAAGCUGACACACAUCUGUGAGUUAAAUCAUCAGAUCGUCUGCAGCGUUCUGUUUUAUCUGCUGUGGUAGAGAACAGAGAGGAAACCAAACUUCAGUCACAUCCCAGCUUUGUUUAGAUUUUGUCACUUAUGCAGCCUCAAUGUGUAUUUGGGUAUGUGUGACUGAGUGUGUGUGUGUGUGUGUGUGUGUGUGUGUGCCUGCCGACUUGUAAUGUGCUUAGACAGCGAUGAUGUCUUAAAAGAUGCAGUUACGUUCCCUGGAAGUGUGUUAUCGGGAAACAGGGCGAGUGUUUUAGUUUAUUAACAACAAAAACGUGGAGGGACGAAAACAAAUUGAAGCUUUAAUCCGUCUGUGAGAUUAGAGAGUUUGUAGAAAGACACAUUUUUCUAACCAGCUGUUUUUGGUCUUCAUCAGCAGAGCUACAACGAUUCAUCCAUUAGUGGUCAAGUAUUUAAUUAAUCGGCAACUACUUUGAUAACUGAUUAAUCAGUUUCAGUAUUUUUUUAAUAUAAAGUCAAAAUUUCAAAUCAGCUUCUUAAAUGUGAAUAUUUCCCUCUAACAGUUGCAGCCCUGCGCUUCAUGUCUGGGCGCUCAGAACAUCGAUUGAACUCAUUCUUCAGGCCUCCAACAUUUGACUUACUUAAUCAGCCUCUGUAAAGUGUCACAGACUGAUCACAGCUCGAGUUUGUGGCUCGUUGUUCAUCAUUUUUGUCGUUAACAAACUGAAACAGAACAUUUGUGACCUGGUCCAGAGAGAGUGAAGGCAGGAGAGUGAAGCAGUUUUUCUAUCGACUCUGCACCAGCCAGAGAAAAACAGAGAGGUGUGUCUGAUUUUAAAAAAAAAUGACUUGCUACUGUAAUCACUGAUAUACCUCUAUCAUUACUUACUACUGGUCUCUUGUGUGACCUCACUUACAUUUGUGUACGUUAUUGUACAUAUAAUAAAACAAAUACGUGCACACAUUCUCCCGUAGGAUAAGAAAAGACUUUGUUUUUAAUUUGUUUUUUUUGUUUUUUUCCAACUUUCCACAUUUCUCUUUACAAGAAUCAGUAUUUAGUUUGGUUAAUUAUAAGUUCCACACCCAGAAAUGAUUGUUAGUAAUGAUCUCGCUGGUUUGGAGUAGAAGUGCAAAGCCACGUCUGAAGAGCUGUAUUCCCAAAAAAAUGCUAAGUUGUAUUGGGUGAAAGGGUUUUUUUCUUUUCUUGAUGCUCCUCAGUAAACGCCAGAAUAAUACUGUAUGAAAAGGUGCAGCAUUUCUGUUUUUAAGGAAAAAACAUCUUUGGUUUGUUCUACAUGUUGGUUAUUAGCCGUGCUGUGAGAGGUCGUGUCAGUCAGUACGUUUUGUUUCUCAUCACUGGUACAGACAGACUCUCGUUGCGUCGGGCAGCUUCUAGUCUCAGGGUCCCUCUGCACGGCUGGAAGACUACUUUCAAUAAAUUGAGGAACUUCCAGGUUUGAACGAAAUGUUAGAGAGCUGCAGAAGAGUCUGAAAACUCACUUUGCUGACUUUUUUUCUUUUUUUUUUUUGGGCUAUUUCUGAUGUUGCAUUUCAUUUUAGGUGUCAUAAUGCUGAGCUAGAAGAAGUACUGGCUCGGUUCUGUUUUCCCAGCAGCAGACGUCCUACUAAACACUGAUCCAAAAUCUUCAACUACUGGCAUGAAAGAAAAUAUUAAGCGGCCGUGUUUUCACCUUAUUUGACCGUACAGUUCGGCCUGACAGAGAUCGUCUCUAAGAAUUUGUACUAAAAAGCUUUCAAGCACAACUUCUCCAAGUAUUACAUUGUUUAGACUUCCAGAGCCUGAACGUCUUAAAGGGUUUGAAUACAAACUCCUGCUCGUUACUGUUGUAAUAACAGGUCGCAGAACGUAAGCUGUGAGAGAAUCCACAAAGUUUUGUUGGUGAGACGAAGAUGGGGUCCGGUUUGAUUAGAAAGCUGUGCUUUUUGACAUGUUUCAGCGAUGGACGGAUGAAGGACUAUGAUUAUUAGUUUGAUUGUUCUGAAAGCUUUUUAAAAGGUAAAAGCUGUUCAUUUUGCCUUUUGUUUUAAAAAGAGAUUUAUGUAAAUAAAAUCAUCUUUGAUAAUGA